AUGAUCAUUGUUUCAGCAAAUUGCCGAAGUAUGGAUUUAGGAAUUCGAGCUUUAACGCUUGUGGUAUGGUAAUAAUAAAAUGAAAAUCAACCAACAGGAUAUUACUAAAACAGGAUAAAAGACAAAAAGUGUGAUUUAAAAAAAAAUACAAAAAUGUGACCAACGACACAUCUAAACAUGUGACUCGAGUCAAAGUGACAUCGCCGCCACAGCGAUUCCGCCGCCACAGCGAUUCCGCCGCCAUAGUGAUUUUGCUCAUAGUGAUUGCCCGCCCAACUCCCACAUAGACUGCCCGCCAACUCCACUACCGUUGUCCAUGCUGGAAACCACCACUAUCCACCACCCGCCUGCUGCCAAUCCCAACCCCUCUCCUACACCAACCCAACCCUAGCCCCUCUCCUACACCAGCCCCAACCCUCUCUCCCACCUACCCCCAGCCCCUGCUCCCCUGCCCUGCCAGUACCUUUUUUCACAAAUCCGGCCAGCGACAUCACAAAUCCAGCAAGCGGCAACCCUAGAUUUCUAUAAUCAAGAAAGAAGGAGAUGAAACCGAGGCCCACAAUCUGUUACAUCUACAGCCGCAUACCCGCCCCAAUUGCCGGAACCACCACCGCCCAUCUAAUUAAAGACUUGUUGUCGUUUACUCACCGCCACCGGGGAUCUAGACAACGGGCGAAGAUCUGGACAGAGAGGCGUAGAUCCAGUCAGCGAGGCGCAAAGGUGGUGCAACAACGGCGCUCGCAACAGGGACUUGGGAUGGUGAGGCGGAGUAGCGAUGAACAGAACCUUAAAGUCUUGGAAAGGUGCAAAGAACGGGAAGGUGUGGCGCUGGGAAAUGUUAUGCGAGCUGCGAAGGAGAGGUGGGAAGAUGAACUACUCUUGCGGCAAAUGGAUUUGGGCG